AUGCCAACCCUACAGCCCACUCCUGUGAGAUCUGGCCCCGUUACCCUCAGAACCAUUCUCAAAUCUGUGCUGCACCAUGUAAAGAGACAUGUCGGCAUUGGAAUAGUGUGCUCUGUGGCCUAUUUUGAUCCAGGAAACUGGAGUGUUGAUCUCCAGGCCGGAGCUAACUUUGGCUACAGACCGAUGCUGUUCGUGCUCCUUCUUUCCGGAUUGGGCGCGAUGGUAUUACAAACCUUGGCAUGCAAACUAGGAUGCGUAACAGGAAUAGAUUUGGCUUCUCAUUGUCGGCUGCUCCUUCAUGACCAUCCAACGCAUCCUCGGUUAGUGCGACGUAUGGUCAUGUAUCCUCUAUAUAUAUGCGCGGAAAUUGCCAUUAUUUCAACAGACUUGGCAGAGGUUAUCGGAUCUGCGAUUGGCAUUUGCCUGAUUUUCCCGAGGCUUCCUCUAUGGGCGGGAGUUAUCCUAACUGCCCUGGAUGUCCUUGUCUUUCUUCUUUUCUCGGAUCCGUCUAGAGGACAAGGCAAGCCAGUUAGAGUAUUCGAAUUAAUAAUAAUGACAUUGGUCUUUGCUGUCUUUGCCUGUUUUAUUGUUUUACUACUUCGAGUUCAUCCACGGUGGACCGAUGUUUUUUUAGGAUAUAUCCCGGACGAAAAGCUGUUCCAAAGCCACCCAAACGCUCUAUAUGCCGCCGUUGGUAUCCUUGGAGCAACUAUAAUGCCUCAUGCGCUCUUCUUGGGAUCUUUUCUUGCUACUCAAGAUCGCGAGGCUUUUCACAAACCGACACCUGCGAACCUUCCUGAACCCUCGAAUCGGAAGAAGCUCAAAAGAAAUACGAAGACAUAUUUCAUGGAUCUUUUUCGUAUAACUCCAGCAGAGCGGGCUGCCGCUGCAAAGGACUAUAGGUCCAGAUACGGCGUUCGAGAAAACAAUUCGCUCUCGUUUGUCAAACAACAUCUUAAUCAUAUAGUCAUCGACGUAUGCUCCAGCAUCUUGGUCUUUGCUGUUCCCAUCAACUCCGCUAUCCUCAUUCUCUCCGCCACAGUCUUUUUCGAUAAAUUAACAUCCAAGGACAUGGCAGGAGUGACUAUCGGGCUCUUUGACGCUCAUGCUCUUAUACAUGCACGUAUCGGCUCAGGGUCAGCUUUCCUGUUUGCACUGGCACUUGUAGUCGCAGGGCAAUCGUCUAGUAUCACUGCAACACUUGCAGGGCAAGUGGUUGGAGAAGGGUUCAUCGAAUGGAGAGUCUCACCAUUCCUACGACGACUUCUAACACGUUCAAUCAGCCUUAUUCCAUCAGUGGUAGUGGCUGUCGCUGUCGGGCGCAACGGCAUUGACAAUCUACUCAUCAUUUCACAGGUUCUUUUGUCUGUGGCGCUCCCUUUCGUCGCAUUCCCUUUGAUAUACCUAACGUCUUCAAAGGUGGUGAUGAGAGUUCAAAAACCUCCGUCGCCCCCAUCAGCUGUAGAGACGUUCGAUUUUGAGAGCACAUCUGUUCACGCAAUUGAAACUGCUGCGGAUAGUUCGGAACCCUCUCUCCGUGGUAGCAUCCAGGAAGUGGACGUUGAAGAGUCAAUAAAUUCAUCACGCAAUUCUAAUGGAACGCCGACACAUAAAUCCGAAAUUGAAGAGAUUUCUGACGCUAUCUCUAUCGAUAAUAUAGAAUACAUCGACUACAGCAACAGUCGACUCAUGUCUGCGUUGGCGUACUUGAUAUGGGCUGUGAUCUUGAUCACAAAUGUAUAUACUAUGGUCGCUCUCGGACUAGGUGAUACGUGA